CACACAAUUACUCCGGCGACAAAAAAAUGGCCGCCGACGAAGAGAAACCACAAGACGAAGCCGAAGCUGAAGCUGGAGACCAACCGGAAGCUUUACGACUCAAAGCCUUAGCCGAGCAGAAAUACAACUCCGGCAACCUCAAAUCAGCUCUCAAGUACGCCAAGCGAGCCCACAGUCUCUACCCUACCGUAGAAGGCGUUUCUGAAAUGCUCACCGCUUUUAAAAUCCUCCAUACAGGCACCGUUCCGGCGGAAACCCCAGCUUCCCCCACCGCCGGAGAUGCAGCAACUAUUACAACAACUCUGCCGGACUACUACAAAAUCCUACAAACAGAGCGAUUCUCACACAUCAACACUAUCAAAAAGCAGUACAGGAAGCUGGCGUUAACCCUUCACCCUGAUAAGAAUCCUUUUGCGGCAUCAGAAGAGGCUUUUAAGCUUGUCGGCGAAGCGUUUAGGGUUUUGUCGGAUAAGAUUAGGAGGAAGGAAUAUGAUGUGAAGCUUAGAGUUGCUAUGCAGUCAGCUGUAAUGGCUGAGGAGGGUGAAACGACAACGUUUUGGACGGCGUGUUCGACUUGUCGAUUGUUGCAUCAGUUUGAAAAGAAGUAUUUAGGGCAUAAUUUGAUGUGCCCAAGUUGUAAAGAAACUUUUGAGGCAAUUGAAGUUUCAGAAAAUGAUGACAAUGAAGAAGGGUGUGAAGGUUUGAUGGAAACAAGAGGGAGUGCUAGGAUUAAGGCUAGGAAAAGUGAGAGCUUUGGUUCUUCAAGAAAUAGUGAGUUAGGGUGGAAGAGGAAAGUGGGGAGUGUUGCGGAGGUUAAUAAGAGGCCACAUGGAAAAACGACAAGAAAUGAUGAUGCAAUUGGUGUUGGAACUGAGGUGGAUAUGGAAGGAGAUGUUGAGAGCGACGAUGGUUUGAUCAAGGAGUUGAGAUCAAAGAUUAAUGGUAAGGUGAGAAGUGUAGGUGAAGGGGAAGAUACAAUGACAUUAGCUGAGAUGCAGUUGUUAGUGAAGAAGAAGUUGAAUAAGGGAAAGAUCCCGGUAAAAGAUAAGGGGGAAGAAAGUGAGAAAAGUAAGGACAUGGAUUUGAUAGAAAAGGAAGAUGAUGUGGAGAUGGAGAUGCUGUUUGCAAGGGUGAGAGAGAAAAGGAUGAGGCGUGAGGCAUUAAAGGGAGAUGGUUCGGAGGAUGGAGGAAGAAGACUGGACUUAAGUAGCAACAGGGGUGGUAAAGGGUUAAGGCAGGAUGAAUCGGAGAUAAUCGCGGAGAAUGGGAAGGAAGAGAACGAGAAGGCAACAGUGCUUAAUUUAACGGAAAAGGAUAGAGAAAAAAGAAAGGAAAUGACUUCUAGUUUGACAGCAGAGGAAGAUGAAGAUGAAGUGGAGAUGGAGACACUGAUUGCAAGGGUGAGAGACAAAAGGAUGAGGCGUGAGGCGUUAAAGGGGGAUAGUUUGGAGAAUGGAGGAAGAAGAAGGGAUGAUUUAAGUAGCAACAGGGGUGGUAAAGGGUUAAGGCAGGAUGAUUCAGAGAGAAUGGUGGAGAAUGGGAAGGAAGAGAAUGAGAAGGCGACAACGCUUAAUUUAAAGGAUAAGGAUAGAGAAAAAAGAAAGGAAAUGACUUCGAGUUUGACAGAAGAUGAAGAAGAUGAAGAUGAAGAAGAUGAAGAUGAAGAUGAAGAUGAAGUGGAGAUGGAGACACUGAUGGCAAGGGUGAGAGAGAAAAGGAUGAGGCGUGCGGCGUUAAAGGGAGAUGGUUUGCAGGAUGGAGGAAGAAGAAGGGAUUUAAGUAGCAAGAGGUGUGGUAAAGGGUCAAGGCAGGAUGAUUCAGAGAUAAUGGCGGAGAAUGAGAAGACAAUGAGGUUAAAUUUAAUGGAAAAGGAAAGUGAGGAAAGAAAGGAGACGAAUUUGAGUUUAAUAGAAGAGGAAGACGAAGUGGAGAUGGAGUCACCGAUCGCAAGGGUGAGAGAGAAGAGGAUAAGACGGGAGGUGCUAAAGGCAGAUGGUUUAGAGAAUGGAGAAAGAAGAAGGAAUUCAAGGAUCAAAAAGGGUACUUUGUCAAAAAGUAACAAGAAGGAUAAAGGGCCUAGGCAAGAUGAUUUGGAAAAGGCAGAGGAAAGUUUUGAUCUUUAUAAUUUUGACAAGGAUAGAGUAGGGAGGAGUUUCAAGAAAGGACAUGUAUGGGCUGUUUAUGAUGAUGACGGAAUGCCAAGGGAUUAUGCUUUGAUUGAUGAUGUUAUUUCUGCGCAUCCCUUUGAGGUGAGAUUGAAUUGGUUGGAAUUUCAAAGUAAUAGUGAUGAGGCACUACUGCAUUGGGGGAAAAAGGGUUUUCAUAUUUCUUGUGGGAAGUUUAAAGUUUCUCGGCAGGCUUUGGUUAAAUCAUUGAAAAAGUUUUCACAUGUUGUUGAUAGUGAAAGAGCAGCAAGAGAGUUGUAUAGGAUUUACCCCUCAAAAGGUUCAGUAUGGGCAUUGUAUAAAGAGAAUGCUUUAGGUACUGGCAGCAGUUCUCUAAUGGAGGAUAACCAAUGCUAUGAUAUUGUUAUAUCUUUGAGCAGUUACACUGACUUACAUGGUGUGAGUGUCGCAUAUCUUGAAAGAGUUGAUGGUUUCAGGACUAUUUUCAAGAGGAGAGAGGUAGGGGCUCAUGCUGUUAAGUUAUUAGGAAAGGAUGAACUUAGGUUGUUUUCGCAUCGGAUUCCUGCAAGGAAGCUAUCUGAUGAAGAAGCCUCAAAGAUCUCCAAGAACUGUUGGGAACUGGAUCACGCUUCAUUGCCUCGUGAGUUGCUAGCUAUUAACGGGGGGUGUUAAAGAGUAUGUGAAUCAGAUGGAAAUGGACUUCUUGCACUGAGCUAUUACCUAUUGAGCACCCAUUUAGUUGGCGACGAUGUCCGAGUUGAGUGUGUCAAAGUAUUUUGGGAAGAGUAAGACGCAGCACAUAGAAGAAAUCACCAAUGUCUCUAGACCAGCAGGGGGAGCAAGUGGCAGAUCGAUCCCAGGUAGUGAGGACAAUUUCUUGGAAGACCUCAUUUCUUCACCUUUUGAUGUUAGAGAGUUCCAUUCUUCUCUCUGAAUGUUAAUUGUUUAUACAGUAGCAUCUUUAUUUCGGUCAUUAAAAGUUGAUUCUUAUACAGAACAUUUGUAACAUUUAGUACUUGCAAUUGUACAUGUCUGCAGAU